UGCUGCUGUUGCUGCUGCUUGGACCAAACAUCACAACAAGAUGUCAUCAGGUCUGCUCUUCAUGUUGCUUUGUGGAUUGGGGAUUGGAGGAAAUAUACUUUGUGAUGCAGGUUGCAGUAAUUGUCAAAUAUGCCCUCCUUCAUGGACUUUAUAUCAGAGCCGCUGUUUCUUGUUCAAGAGUACUGAAAUGACCUGGGGUGAUGCUGAGGCAUAUUGCACUGACCAAGAUGGACAUUUGGCUUCCUUUCGUGAUGAAGCUGAGUAUUACUUCAUCAGGGGACUCAUUGUGAAAGAUUCUGGAACCAAUACAAAAUCUUGGGUUGGAGGCACCAAGGGACAAGACGGUGAUUGGACAUGGAGUGAUGGAUCCCAGAUCACCUACACACAUUGGGGCCCAGGGGAACCAAACAAUAUGGGUGGACAUGAGAACUGCAUGGAUAUGAACUGGAAUGGAGAAGAUUACGUCAACGAUGAAGUCUGCGACCAACUAAAUGCUUUUAUUUGUUAUAAAGAUGCAUAAACCUGUCUUUGCUGGCCUGACAACAUGAAGAUUUCACUUCAAGUAGGAGGUCAAUCCUCAAAGAUGUCCCUUCUUGAGGACAACUGGUCAAAUCUCCUGUAUUACUUAGAUAAUUACCAUGAAUAAAUGCAUGUCCUCAAAUGUUUUGGUCAUUGUCUGUCUGAGGUAACAUUAGGCAAACCAUCAUUUAAAUGUAUUAAAU